AUGCAAACCUGCUCGGCCCCAUCCCAGCCGCAAGGUCAGAACCCAUGGGGCGACGACGACGACUGGCGCUGCUCCAGAGAUGGUUCCGGGUUUGCCUGCAUCGACCCGGAUGCCUCCUGUGUUGACGACGACGACAUCACCAUCGAAAUGGCGCAGAAUUGCGACACUUCGGAGUUGGGGGACGGUUAUUGUGAUCAGGACAACAACAACGAAAUAUGCGGCUACGACGGCGGCGACUGCUGCGAGUGCACGUGUGUGGCCUGCAAAAAGCACGGUCAGAGCCCAUGGGACGACGACGACGACUGGCUCUGCUCCUCUGGCGGUUCCGGAUUUGCCUGCAUCGACCCGGCAGCACCGUGUGUUGAAGACGACGAUAUCACCGCAGACAUGGUGGAGAACUGCGGGUACGUGAGAGGUCUGGGCGAUGGAUGGUGUCACGAGGAAAACAACAACGAACUGUGCGGCUACGACGGCGGCGACUGCUGCGAGUGCACAUGCGUGGCUCCACCUGCGGACGACGACUGGGACGACGACUGGGAUGAUGACUGGUACGGCGCUUGCGGCGGUGGCUUCGCCUGCAUCGACCCCAGCGCGGCGUGCGUGGACGACGACGAAGUCACUGUCGGCAUGGUCGAGAGCUGCGACACUGUGUCCAUUGGCGACGGCUACUGCAACAUGGACAACAACAACGAAGCCUGCGCUUACGACGGCGGCGACUGCUGCGAGUGCACCUGCGAGGACACGCCGAACAACAGGUGCGGCAGGUGGAGCAGUUUCGCCUGCAUCGACCCUGCAGCACCCUGCGUCGAUGACGAUUCCUUCACCGUGGAUAUGAUCGACAACUGCGAGUACCCAGGGGGAAUCGGAAAUGGCUGGUGUGAUGUAGACAACAACAACGAGCUAUGCGCGUACGAUGGCGGCGACUGCUGCGAAUGCACUUGCGAGAGCCUCGAAGACGACGAUUGGGCCUGCCGGAACAACUUCGCAUGUGUCGACCCGAACGCUCCCUGUGUAGACGAUGACAGCGUCACCAUCGACAUGCUCGAAAACUGCCCCUGGGCGGUAGGCAUAGGCGACGGGUACUGCAGUGAAGAUCUCAACACGCCAGAAUGCGCCUACGACGGCGGUGACUGCUGUGCGUGCACCUGUCAGAACGACGUCGACGAUGACUGGGCUUGCACAACGUUCGCUUGCAUCGAUCCAGAGGCAGCCUGCGUCAACGAUGAUGACAUUACCGUCGACAUGUUCGUCAACUGCGAAUACCCUGUCAACGUAGGAGACGGCUGGUGUGACCAAGGAAACAACAACGAGGCGUGCGGCUACGACGGAGGGGACUGCUGCGAGUGCACGUGCGAGAAUGAACGUGACGAAGACUACCGCUGCAUGGAGUUUUCUUGCAUCGACCCCAGCGCGCCCUGCGUAAACGAUGACGAUGUUACCAUCGACAUGGUCGAGAACUGUGGCUACGUCUCCGGGAUAGGCAACGGCUGGUGCGAUAGAAACAACAACAAGGAGGAAUGCGGCUACGACGGCGGCGACUGCUGCUCUUGCACAUGCCAGAGCGCGUAUGACGACGACUACUCUUGUAGCAGCGAGUACGGCUACUUCGACUGCCAAGACCCCAGCGCCUCCUGCUUCGGCGAAGGAACUACGGGGAGCGACGACUUCAGCUUCCACGACGACUAUCAGCCAAUGUCGUACGAGUUCGUCAGCUGGGAAGAGACAGAUUCCCUGCCUACGGUCGUUGACGCCGUCGAGGUGGGCACCAAGACCGAAGUUGGCGUAUCGGCCACGGCCCACGAUUUGCGGCCCGGCAGCAGCGGCGGCGACGUCGGGUGCGGAGAGGUCGGUGGUCUUGGCUGCACGGCGACCAACACCCGUGAUGGCAUCUUCUCCGACAUCGAGUCGAGGUGGUCGUGCGCCACGAGCCUCGUGCCUGACGAAGGGCCCUGCCAAAUCGAGUUCACCUUUGCCGAACCCCAGAACAUCGUGGACAUCCAGGUCGCCUUCUGGAACGACAACGAGCGCGUCAGUACCCUGGAGGUCCACGUCAACGGCGAGCUGACCCACACGCACGAGUCCUACGAUGACACAUUCAACACGCUCGGUGUGACAGCUACGGAGGCCAGCACUGUGAUGCUCGAGUCCGUCGCUCUCCUUUCGGACGAAUGGAUCAGUCUCCUCGAGGUGCAAAUCUUCGUGACACCUUGAGUGGUGGAUACACCGGGCCAAGAGCCAAAUGAAGGCAUUAAGAACCGACUUUCGCUUUCUUCGCGCGGAGCAGCUUUCUCGUCUGGAUGCCAACGAAAGUUCCUGGAUCGCUGUCAUGAAAAAGAGGCAUUGGGAACGAACGUGGACGACGUUGACGAAGUGGGGUCAUUCCUGUUCGUACACAAGCGCGUUUCACCCCAAAAAAUGCCGCUAGAAUUGCAGAGGCGCCUCUCUGUUUUUGCAAGGGUGCCGCAUCUUCUAGAAUCGCCGUCGCUAAUUGUCUCCGUGUUUGCCCUCAUGCAUUUCUUCCAACCCGUUUUAGUAGAGGAUGUGCCAGUGAUAAAAUGUACUUGGUAGUAGAGUAUGCCGGCACCGCUUGACAUUUCCGGUCAGGGGUCUUCGCUUCAUAUUCAUUAUAGAUAGACGCCAGAUGUCAAAACCAUCGUAUUCGCUCUUACUUUUUUGGGGGGGUUUGUUUCCAGGCCCGCCGAUGAGGGCAAUUUUUCGUUUGUUUGCAGGAGCUGUUUAGAGUUGAGGCAGGGCGGGCCAAACCCGGGACCGCCGCAGGCAAAGACUGGGAUAUUCGGCGUUAUUGUUGCAGGAAAACACUCAUAUAGUGUGAAGUUGUCCUGUCAUUUUCACUUGUUUUUCAUCGUGAAGCAGGCGGGGAGAGGGUAACGAGAGGAUAUUACCACUCUUAAACUCGCCUGCGGCAAGAAAAAGGGCAAUAAAGGCUGUUCUCGCCUACAGCGAGACAUAUUUGCCACACAAUAAUGCAUUGGCUUUCGGCGAAAAAUGCGCGCUCGGAUUUUUCUCGUGCGAAACGCCGGAUUCGGGCGGUCCGUAGUGCAUUUCUUGACAUUCCUUCCAAGGCAGCACCAACCGCCCCCUUCAUCAACGAGAUCCCUGAGUGCUGGAUACAGAUGGCGCCCGCACUUAAGAACCGCUUAUUUUGACCGAGGCUCUAUGCACAAUGGCUGCCUCAAAUUGAGUACCUGUUCCUAUUUUCAAUGUUCUUACUUUCGAGCAGGCAUAUCCAUAUGAUAACGGGGUUGAAGGUGGCAAGGAAGUACGAACAGGGGGUGGCAGUG